GUAUACUCAUGGUUGUAAAUUUUCAUGAUGAAAUAUAUUAUAAUGUGAGCCAUACAUAGAAAAUCAUAGACUUUUAUAGUUAAUAAUACAGGUGCUAAAAAAUUCAUGAUUUUGUUUUUUUUGUAGCUCACAUUUUGACGUAUCUAUUCAUCAUGAAGUACAUGCUAGACUUGCUACUUUUCCAGAUUUUCCUGAAACAUUAAGAUUUAACUACAGUAUUAAAUUUUAAAAAGUGGGGAUCCAUAGGGCCUGAUCUUCAAUAGUAAUAUCCGAUAAGAAAAGUAAGUAUGAACAGUAACAUCCGAUAAGAAAAGUGAAGUAUGUGCACAUUUCAUAAUCAGUACUGUAGCAAAUUAACCCACAUCAACCUGGUGCAGAGGGUUGGGAGAAUUUCCCGGAAGAAGGUGUUGGACCGUUGGUAACGAGCUACUCCAUCCGUACCACAAUACAGUAUAAAAAUGUUUUUCAAACUAAACAUAGCUGAAAAUUGAUCUCAUAUUGUGGGACGGAGGGAGUACCUAGUCUCCCGCAAAAGAAAAGGCUAUAGUACGUACAGUAGUACAGCUAGCUCGCUCUCAGUAUGCAGCAGAGAACACGGCAGCGUUGUCGGAACGGCACGGCAGUAUUAACCUGCUUACCAGGCCAACGCUGUUCCAUACUGGAGACGGCAUGCAUGUGUAGCUCCAGUCUACCUUCCCAUCGCAUCCAUACAAUGUACUACGUGGAAACACCAGAUUUGAACUAAAUGCUCAGAAAGAACAUGUCCUCUCACAGACUCCUGUUUUGUAACUAAAAUUCAGCCACAGAAAUCACCCGUGACACCAAAUAAAAACUUGAACUACGCAACCGGAUAGGAACCGGUGCCUCUACCACAAACAACUGUACAUAUUACGCAUUGAUAAAUGCCACAAAUAUGAUUAUUUGUAGUGAGUUCUGAACUGGUUGACUUGACGACGACUGAAGACGUCUGUUCUUUGGACCGGAAAUCUGUGCACUUAUUCUUCUUCUUGAGCCAAGUCACAGCCCUUUUUAACACGGCAUGGUUUAUUCAAAGGUUGGUGCUAGCUUUUCGCCUUUUCCUUGAGUGCUAUUGGAGCAUUGAUGAUAGGGGAGCGAGUGGACCUGCAUGCGUUCAUCUGCUUCCUGCAAUGCAGUCUCCUGGUAUAUAUACGGGCCUAAAUACCUAGUUCGUGGAAGCAAACAAGCGUGCAGUUCAUCUAGUUCAGCGAUGGCAUCCCAACUCAAAAAUCUUCUGUUUGUCUCAGCCACUUUUCCUCUUCUCCUGCUGCUGCUAUGCAUGGCCAGUGCAAUCAGCCCCGAAGGAGAAGCGCUCCUCCGAUGGAAAUCGACUUUGCUCAACUCCACCUCUCUGUCCUCAUGGUCGCAUGCCAACCCGACCUGCUAUUGGCACGGCGUCACCUGUGAUUCAGCCGGUCAUGUUACUCUGCUCCGUCUUCAUGCAUGCGACCUCAAAGGUACACUAGAUGCCUUGUACUCUCCUGCAUUCCAGAACCUCACAGGGAUUGAUCUCUACUACAAUAACAUUUUCGGUGUCAUCCCGGUAAAUAUCUCUUUGUUUCUCACCCUCACAAGUCUGGAUUUGAGCUGGAAUAAUCUUGUUGGUGACAUCCCCUACCAGCUCAGCAAUCUCCCAAAGAUUGUUGAGUUAGAUUUGGGAAAUAACCACUUGACCAACCCAGACCAUACCAAGUUCUCGCCUAUGCCCACUUUGUCGCUAUUGUCUCUAAAUAGCAACAAUCUACAUGGCACCUUUCCACAGUUCAUCCUCAACCGUACCAACGUUUGGUUGGUACAACUUGACCUAUCAAGUAACUCCUUCACGGGUUCGAUACCGACGACCCUGCCAGAUAUAGCACCAAAUUUAAGGCUCAUUGAUCUAUCCUCCAACAUGUUCUUCGGGUGCAUACCACAGUCGCUCUCCAAACUUGCAAGGAUUGAAAGCCUCUAUCUCCAGGAGAACAAUCUUACUGGAGGAAUCCCAAAGGGGCUCAGUAACCUAACUAAUCUGGGAAACAUGGACCUGUCAAGGAACAUACUCUCUGGAGAGUUGCCACCGUCUUUUUCUAGGAUGAAUAAAAUGCAAACGUUUCAAGUGGGGAACAACCACCAUCUCAGCGGCAGCAUCCCAUUGGAAUGGUUCUCAAACUGGACCUUGCUCCGUACUUUUGAUGUGGCAAACAACAACUUGGUCGGGAGCAUCCCACCGGAAAUCACUAGGUGGGAGGUAAUAGACACACUGGUCCUCCGUGGCAACUGCUUCAUCGGAAAGGUCCGUGCAGAGCUAGGAUAUCUCCCCAACCUUUAUGCACUGGACCUAUCCAGUAAUAACCUUACUGGUACAAUACCAUUGGAGUUUGGUAGUUUGUCUUAUUUACAAAUCCUUGACCUCAGCAACAACCUCUUGGAGGGAGAGAUUCCAGGAAUCUUGUCGCUCCUUCCUCUCACUGAUACACUCCUGUCUGGAAACAAGUUCACGGGCAUCGCCGACAAUAAUUUUUGUGAGCUACCUAAUCUAAAACUAUUGGACUUGUCGAAGAAUCUCAUAUCUGGAGCGGUCCCUGGUUGUUUUUGGAACAUACCUGUUACAUACAUGGAUUUGUCAAGCAAUGCCUUUGCUGGAGAAGUUACAGCCUCGACGGUUGACUUUUCUCAACUAGAUUCAGUAGAUCUAUCAAACAACAAGUUGACAGGCUGCUUUCCAUCUGUUCUGAAGAACUUAGAACUCCUGGAAUUUUUGGAUCUUGGAGACAAUAUGUUUUCAGGCAAAAUUCCUUCAUGGAUAGGAGCUAGCCUCUCUAUGCUAAGAAUUCUCCGGCUGCGGUCAAAUAUGUUUCAUGGAAGUAUUCCUUGCGAGGUAUCACAACUCUCUGAUCUCCAGUUGCUUGACCUUGCUGGCAACAAUCUUACAGGUCACAUACCUGUAAGUUUUGCUAACUUUAAUUACACAAUCAUGACAAAGCCAGAACUGGAACAUAAUAGCGGGCCCAUGGAGAUGGUUGACAGCUUUCUGCCUCACUACAGUGACCAGGUUGACAUAAUCUGGAAGGGGCGUGAUUAUACUUACAGUAGGAAAAUUAUGCUUAUGACUGGUAUUGAUCUAUCAAGCAACUACCUUUCUGGUGAGAUCCCUGCAGAAUUGCUGAAUCUUGGAGCCAUUCGGUUCCUGAACCUGUCAAGAAAUAAUUUAUCUGGUGCUAUCCCAAGUAACAUUGGUAACUUGAAAGAUGUCGAGUCCCUUGACCUCUCCUGGAACGAGCUCUCAGGUCCUAUUCCUCCAAGCAUGUCACAUCUGAUGUUCCUCAGCUCUCUUAAUCUCUCCAACAAUCUUCUAUCGGGAGAGAUACCUUCAGGAAAUCAGCUACAAACACUCGAUGACCCCACCAUCUAUAGCAACAACCUUGGACUAUGUGGUGUCCCUCUGAGCAUUCCAUGUAAAAACGGCUCGAGUUCUACAACAGCACUGGAUGGGGCCAAGGAAGACCACCGUCAACUUGAAACCCUGUGGCUGUACUACUCAGUCAUUGCUGGAACUGUCUUUGGUUUCUGGAUAUGGUUUGGAACAUUGUUUUUCUGGAGCAUCUGGAGGGUUACGUUCUUCAGUUGCAUCGAUGCCAUGCAGCAGAAGUUUAUGCAGAAGAUGAAGCGUACUUGACAGUAUGGCCACUUUGUUUCCCACUAGGUUGGGUUCUUGAAGUUUUCUGUUGUUUACUUUAUAUGCAGUGGAUAUAGAUGUAUUGUUCAUGUCCAUUCUCCUUGCUUUCUUUCACCAACAAACAGUAUCUGUUCAUGCGAGCGUGUGGACAGAACUGAAUUAUAAUUUGUUACAGUAUAUAUGAGAGAGAUCAAUUUGGUACAUAAUUGUACCAGGCUUUGAUUCUCUGAAUUAUGUAAGUUACAGUUAUGUAUGUUUCAUGGUUGUGGUUAGUAUUUUUUUUUCGAGCUUUGAUUAGGUGUGUUUGUAUAGUCGGCCAUGAGCUCAGCGCCAUCCUUCUCUCAGGCAGCCAGACCAUCGUGCUCUCCUGUGAGGCUGUGACCACAUGCGCCGGAGGCUGUACCCCUGCCGGAGUCGUGAGGCAGCCUCACAUUCGUCCUCGUCACCCUCAGGCUGCUGCGAUCAGGUCGGAGGACCCCGAGGAGGGGGAGUAGAUGUGCCACAUUGCCGCUGCCCUUCUCGCCACCGGUUUCUGGUGUUGCAUCUGGAAUGACGCACGAAUUUGUAUAUUUGCCAUCCCCCUCUAGAUACAGUUGGUUCCCAGUGCUAGUGAAAUAAGCUUCUGAAUUACAUGCAUAAUUGGAUGAUUUAGGUACAGAAGCUCACGACCACAUGCUUGAACUGAACCAAAGAUGGGUUAUGCUAUUUAUUUUUGUUUCAUUCUAGACUUUUGGAGGUUCCAUGCUUGUCGGCAAGAAUUGGCAUUCAAUCCUAGACAUGGACUGGCUGAUUUGGGCAUUCGACUUGAGCAGCGCAGCUGGUUGGCUUUGUGUUAGCAGACGGUUACAACCACAUACAUACUCACAGCAGUCUCAGUCAUCAACCAUGACUUUACCUGCAUUCAAGUGGGGCUAGGAAUUGGGAUAGCCAAGAGUGUUGCCUCUCAUUACUGAUAGGUUUGAUAUUUUCCUCACAUGGUGACCGCAAGUCUGAAGUCUUUAUGAACAUUACCCCGCCCGGCGAUUGCAACGGCACUGAAAUAUAUUCACGUUUUCUCCUAUAAUAUCUUUGAUCUAUGUGCUCGUUAGCUACUUCUAAAGGCAAUGCAUACAACAUUCUGCCCACUGCAAUGACGCUGCUGAAAUUCUUCCAUAUCUCCGUUUUCCUGCUCCUAUGCACAGCCAAGGCGACCAACCCGGAAGCAGAAGCACUACUCCGAUGGAAGUCCACUUUGAUUGGCGCCAACUUGCUGUCCUCUUGGUCGAUUACCAAAUCUACAUGCUCUUGGUUCGGCGUCACCUGUGAUGCUGCCGGACAUGUUACCGAACUCCAACUUCAUAACGCGGGCUCCAUGGUACGCUUCAUGCCUUCUACUCUGCAGCGUUCCAGAACCUCACUCUGCUUGAUCUUUACAACAAUAACCUUGUUGGCGUCGUCCCAGCAAAUAUCUCCAUGUUGAUGUCC